UUCGUUUAUUUCUAUCGCAUAAGUAGAUAUUUAUAGAUUAAAUACCGUAGUACGGUUUGCUAAAAUAUAUUACUCCUUUCUCUUAAACCUUAAUACAAAAUAUCGAAAGCGUUUUCUAUUAAGCUAUUCAUUAAAUCAUGGAUUUAUUUAAAGCUUUAAAUUUAUUCAGUCAAGGAAAAUAUGAAGAUUGCGCAACAAUAUGUACAAAUUUAUUACAAAAGAAUCCUCUUGAUCAGACUAUAUGGGUCUUAAAAAUGCGUGCCUUAACAUUACAAGUAUACGUAGAUGAUAUAGAAGGAGAAGAGGAAGGAAUUGCUGAAAGUCUAUUAGAUAAUUAUACAAUAUCUUCUAUGCCUAGACCAGGAACAUCUUUAAAAACUCCUGGUACUUCUUCUGUGGGACAAUGUCUUCGGCCCAAAACUCAAUCAGGUAGACCACUUACUGGUGUUGUGCGACCAGCUACUCAAUCUGCUAUGUCUCAGUCGAUUGAGCAAACUUUAAGAACACCCAGAACAGCUAUGACAGCCAGACCAAUUACUGCAAUUUCUAGUCGUAGCGUUAGAUUAGGCACAGCAUCCAUGUUAACAGAGCCGGGAGGACCUUUUAUACAAUUAUCACGAUUAAACAUUUCCAAAUAUGCUAGUCAACCAAGUAUUGCUAAACCAUUAUUUGAGUAUAUAUAUUAUCACGAACAUGAUGUCAGAUAUGCACUAGAUUUAGCAGUGCAAGCAACUCAAAUUUGUCAUUAUAAAGAUUGGUGGUGGAAAGUACAACUUGGAAAAUGUUAUUAUAGUCUAGGAUUAAUCAGAGACGCUGAACAACAAUUUAAAUCAGCAUUAAAAGAUUCUAAAACUAUUGAAGUAAUCUUGAGAUUAAUCAGAGUUUAUGUUAGACUUGAUCAACCAUUAACAGCUUUAGAUACAUGUAAAAAAGGUCUUGAGUAUUUUCCUAAUGAUGUCAAUAUUCUUACUGAAAUGGGGCGUAUAUUCGACGGUCUGAAUAAUAUGAGUAUGUCGUUAAAAUACUAUAAAUUAAUUGCUCAGGAAGAUGCUUCUCAUACAGAAGCAAUAGCAAGUAUCGGAAUACAUCAUUUUUAUAAUGAUCAACCGGAAUUAGCUUUACGAUAUUAUAGACGAUUGUUACAAAUGGGAGUAUAUAAUGCUGAAUUAUUUAAUAAUCUUGGAUUAUGUUGUUUUUAUGCUCAGCAAUAUGAUCAUGUUAUAUCUUGUUUUGAAAGAGCAAUUAGUCUUUCUACUGAUGAAAAUAUGGCAGACAUAUGGUAUAACAUUUCACACAUUGCUCUUACUGUAGGUGACAUAACAAUGGCGGAAGAAUGUUUAAAAUUAGCUAUUGUUAGCGACAAUAGACAUGCUUUAGCAUACAAUAAUUUCGGAGUCAUACAAAUACGAAAUGGAAACAUUACAGCGGCGAGAACAUAUUUUCAUGCUGCUGCCAACAUUGCUAAUUUUAUUUAUGAGCCUCAUUUUAAUAGUGCUUAUUUAGCUUACAAGGUACUAUCCACCAUUGUAUAUUAUAUUAUAUUAAGUUUCUAUAUAUAUAUAUAUAUAUAUAGAGGGUUAUGCUACUAUUAUUUAAAAAAUUUCGUAGGUUGGAGAUCUUCAAACAAGUUACAUUGCUAUACAAAAAUCGUUAAGUGUAUAUCCUAAUCAUUCUGAUAGCAGAACUCUUCUAAACAAAUUAGAGAGGUAUUUCUCGCACGUGUGAAUAGAAAAAUAUACAGUUUAUUUAUAUCACGUAAAAUGUAUUAUUUUAUUAAUGUUUGAUUCUAGUCUUACAACUAAUAUUACCUAUCUAAUAUGUAUAUGUAAAAAAUACAAAUCAUAUAAUAUGA